UUGACAUUUGACAGGCGACAAUUGUUUUCGUAAUAUCAAAAAUGUUUAGAGAAACGUUAGUUUUUUAUGUUUAGAAAUAGUUAUAGCCAAUGACUGCUUUACCAAAAAUUAAUAAUGACCCAAGCUUGGAAGUUUUCUGAAUCGUCACAGGAUUUAUUGGAACGUUUCGUAAAAUCCAGUGAGAAAAUCGGUAGGAGUAAAUGGGUGAAAGAGUUCGGUCACAAAACGACGGAUCUCUUAGAGACUUACAAUUUAACAGGUGUUGAUAGAGACGAUACGUUUGUGAUAAGCAGCGACGAAAGUUCGUCGGAUACUAUCAUACUCGGUGAUAAAAAUGAUGAAGGUGAUGAAAUGCAAAGCAUCCCGACCCAGUUCAGUCAAGACGUAGCUGUCAGGGAACCUGUUACUCACAUCGACUACAUCAUAAAGAAAUGUCACAAAGAUCCAAGAAACUAUAGUCUAUUAGCCAGCAAUCUGACGGAGGGGGAUAUGGAGAAAUUAUUGGAACACAUCCUCAAUAGCACAUUGGAUCACAACUUCACAGACAAAAUUCUCAUGGAACUACUCCCGACUUACCUUAAGAAAUACCCAUCCAGAAAUUCAAUAGAUUUGUUAAUAAAGACGAGGGAAAAGAUUAUAUUUAACAAUCUAUUUGAAGUUAUAAUGAAAGACACGGACAUACAGAGUGUGGUACUGCAAGAAUACACAUCAGUUCUAAAGAGCAACGCCGACAAAUCAGACUUGUUGAAUAAUAUUAUAUCAUACAACAUAUCCGAUGAGGUUUUCACAUACCACCUUGAAACUAUACUCAUGAUGUAUAAAGACUGCAACAAAACCAAAGACAUCAACUGUUUUAUACUGACAAAACUCACGCAGACAUCUCAAAAUGGUGCCACGGAUAAGAACUAUGGCCGUCUCUUGCAUUUGUAUCUGCAGAAUCUGAGAUGUAAUCCCGCAGAAGCUGCGAGUUGUUUAGAAAAUUUAGAAAAGUUGAUCGAUACACACCAUUCGCCCUUCAGAAGGCCAUGUAUAAAUAUAUUUAAUGAAAUUAAAAAAUAUAUCGAAGUGUAGUUAAGAAUUAAAAGAUCUUUUAUA